UCAUGCUGGGUUGAGAGCGCAGACUUUUUCCACGUCAGUGUGUUUACCAGGGGCAGCCUCAGCCUGACAGACAGACAGACAUACGCUGGAAGACGCUUAAUUUACUCACUAUUUGGGACGUUUUCUCUGUAAAAGAGUGACCCGUUCUGCUGUGUUCGGAGACACCGCUUCGCCCCGCAGUGGAAUGUGGGGAAGAUUGCGGCGCGUUUGUCCGUCGUCGUGAAGAAAACGUUGGCUAUUUUUCAUUCACUGUUUGGCCGGAUUAGCCUGUUAGCUGGUGGAGCUAGGCUUUGAGUCAGCCACAGCGCUAGCGACAUAGCACCCAUACACACACACAAACAAACAGCAGCAGCAGCAGCAGCAGCAGCAGCAGCAUGGUGGACAAGAAUAUCUACAUUGUCCAAGGAGAAAUUGGCACUGUGGUUGGAUCAAUCAAGAGGAACUCUAGAUGGAAUACUCAUACUCCUCUGGAUGAAGAACAGGACCCGUUACUGAACAGCUUUGGGAACCUCAAGGAAAUACUGAACAGCAUUAAAGAGCUGUCGGACAUCGAACCCAACAUUUUCCUGAGACCCUUCCUGGAAGUGGUACGCUCCGAGGACACAACUGGACCAAUCACGGGCCUCGCCCUCACCUCAGUCAACAAGUUCCUGUCCUACGGCCUCAUCGGUAAGAUGAUUAAUCCACGCACAGGGUUCUAAGAGAAGCGAAGCAGUAACGUUCUAACGUCUGUCACACACGGGACAACCUGCCAAACAACGCACUGAAAACCAUUUCCUUUGUCUGUGGCGUCGCAAAGGGGAUCUUUAAUUCAGAAAUGUAUGGGACGAUGUGAUCCAGGGAGAGCGUUGAUUAUGUCAAAUCUGUUUGUUUUAGCCAAUACUGUAUUUACGUUCACCUUUGUUUUUGAAAUAUUCAGUUUAUUCCCAUUGAAAGUUUUGUCUUUUUAAAAAUUCCCAGAACAAGAAGGUGUGGGUUUCUGUGACCUCACAAUCUUUUCUGUACUUUAGUCUCAAUGAAUCUGGUCGAUUCUUAUGCACAGUUGUUGUUUUGGUAACAUCAGCUGUCGCAUCAGUCACCACACCAAUGACCGAUUUUUAGAAAUCACUUUAGCCAAUGGCCAAUAAUGUGACAAGCUACUUUUCUUAG